AUGGAAGUUUCCAUUCAUCUUACAGACGUCGAUUUCUCCUCGCGUUGUGCACUGCAAGACUGCUACGUUAUUCCUGCCCCCUGCCACAAAACGGUGUCGAUUGACAAAGCUGCGGUUGCGGUUGAUGGGGGUGAAGUUGAUACUCAUGUGGAUACUGGGACGUUGCCGGAAGGACUACUGGUGUCUCCCUAUUUGCUGCAUCCGAACAAAUCAAAUUGCAGCCCCCGUCCACUUGCAUUACUUUGGCGCUGCGGGGCAUGUGGAAAGGAGCAGUCUGUCGCAAGGGAGGCGAUGUCCCUGUUUACCCAGAGGAGCAGUAAGAAGGGUGCGUCACGAGGUAUUUCUUCACGUCGGAGUGAGCCUGCGGUGUGCCCAGACUGCUAUGCCUGCCCGCGGUGUAACGCUUCUGCCUUGUCCAUCUCCAUGUCGCGUGAAGUACUCUAUGUGGCGUGCUGCUCGUACUGUCACUGGCGACACGGUGUUGCUUGUAAGGAUUUUGAUGGACUUCUUGCCUCCCUGUCGGCUGCGACGGCAUCGAAGAUGAUGUUGUCCUACAACCGUGCAGUUGGUGAGUGGCGUCGCUCGUGUGAUGAGAAGCUAAAACGCAGAGAAGAGAUGUUGUUGAGUUUAUCUCGUGUGGCCAACGCGGAGUACAAAAAAGGAACGAUAGGGAAUGGGGGUGGAGCCCCGCAACACUCGGCGGUUGUGCUGGAGGAGCUUCGUAGUGCCAUUUAUGGGCGAACUUUGAAGAACAGGGAUAAUUCACCUGAAUGGAUCCCCUUCUCUGCGCCGGGGGAGAUGGGGGCCGCAACGCCGUGUGAAACGCCUACAGCGUCCCCUGAAGAGGGAGACAAGAAGGGGGUUGUGUUGUUUCCGGAUAACGCCGAUGCCUUGACACGGACAACGCAGAUGGAGCAGCAUGGAUUUUUCUUUCCGAGUAGCCAUCCAUUUUGGGGCAAGCAAAGCGAGAGUGCCGCGACAGCUCCAUUUCUUCUUAUGCAAAACAUUCGUUUACCCCUAACUGCCAUGGUGAUUCCUCCUGCCCAGGAUGGCGUGAAGACGAAUGCGACAGCGUACCAGAGGGAUUCCUCAUUUCUCUUUGUAGUAAAUGGCGUGCGACGGGAUCCCUCAUUUGAGCAGAUUGUGCAGGUGCUUCAAGCACGCGGUAGUAGUGAAAGUCGGCGCUGUCAGUUAGUUACCGUAAAGCUGGCUGCUGCUUUUUGCCUUCCUCUUCUUCAGCAGCAAAGCCGCCACCCGGCGUCAGACGAAUCGCGGAGGUGGUUUACGUGGCGGAAUUUCGGCGAUGAUGUACUCUGCAUUCGCCGCUUCACAAUGGAGAAGCAGGUAGGCGGUGUGUUUGACGCCUCGCUUGUAAUUUCGGCGGGCGCUGAUGCGAGUGAAUGGGUGAGCCUUGCUCCACGUUCCGGCAAUCGCGCCUCCGUAGGGGAGACGUUUUGCAUCACCCUCCAGCGUACUGCAGGAGCAAGUGCCAUGGUUGGUUUUGUUGUGGAGGUGCAGACGAUGCUGCCGGCUUGGCCUGGCGAGGGGGCGGAGGAAACGCCGGGCGCUGGUGCACCAUCCCUAGUGGGAGAGACGGAGGGAACCACCAAAAGGUGUCCUCAUGUUGUGAGGUACGGUCUGACAGUCACAUGGUGA